UUUCCGAGAAACGACGUCGUCAGGCGUAGAACCUCUGAUUCAUCCUUGGACCCCCAAAACCCCGGCGUAAGGAUUUUCGCUCCAGAAAAAAAAGGAAAUCCUGCAAUUUUCCCGCCAUUUCUCUGUUGAUGUUUUCACUCCGGUCAUGCAGCCACCGCUCGAUCUUAAUCUCAUUCUCUAUUAAUCUCGCCGGAAAACUCCCCCUCUCCCCCCUUUUGCUCUCUUCGAAACCGUUACUCACAUUCACCAAGUCAAACCCUAGACUAAGAACAAUGUCCACCUCUCGCCCCUCCGCGUUCGAUGUUCUCAUGUCAAAUGCUUCGAAGAAAAAGAAACCCCCCCCUCAGCCCCAAUCGGCAAAAACAAAAGAAUCCUCACCCAAGAAACGCAAAGCCUCUGUUGCAAUUCCCCAAACCCCUCUUUUGAACCCUAAAGUUGGUAGUUCCCUAGGUCUAGCUUCCAACCCAAUCGGAAAUGCCGUAGAAAAGCACCAAGAAGAUGUCAAGAGCUCGAAUUUGGUCAAAAAUGGAGAUGCCCAUAUGGAUAAUUCAUUGGAUAAUAGUGCUGAUGGUGCUGUUAGUUCUAUCCCGGUUGAAGAAUCAAGCUUAAAAGAAAAUGGGAAAAAAUCUACUGAUUUGAGUGAAGGCUUGGUGGUGGAGAAGAAGGCCCGCGUGUCGAUCAGCCCCGACGAGAGUCUAACGGAGUUGAAGAAAAAGGCUGCGAAUUUUAAUGUGAAAAAGGCGGCUUUUUGGGGGCAAGGGGAGAGGGUUCCUUUCAUGUUUGUGGUGAAGACUUUUGAUGCGAUAUCGAAGGAGUCAGGUAGGAUUGCCAUCACGGAGAUUGUGUGUAAUAUGCUGAGGACAGUGAUCGAAACUACACCGGAUGAUUUGUUGCCCGUUGUGUACCUUUUGGCGAAUAGGAUUGCGUCUGCGCACGAGGGUUUGGAGCUCGGUAUUGGGGACUCUUCGAUUAUCAAGGCUCUUGCCGAGGCUUGUGGGGCUAAAGAAGCCCAUAUUAAGAAGCAAUACAAGGAGCUUGGAGAUUUGGGCCUUGUGGCAAAAGCCAGUCGGUCAUCGCAGCCUUUGAUGCGUAAACCAGAAGCGUUAACUGUUAUCAAAGUCUUUGAUACAUUUCGGAUUAUUGCUAAGGAAUCGGGCAAAGAUAGUCAAGAGAAAAAAAAGAAUCACAUAAAGGCACUACUAGUUGCAGCAACUGAUUGCGAACCUCAGUAUCUGAUUCGUUUGCUCCAGACAAAAUUACGUAUUGGUUUGGCAGAACAAACUCUCUUGACAGCACUUGGGCAUGCGGCUGUAUAUUCUGAGAAGCCUUCAUCUCCUCGGUCGAAGGUUGAUAAUCCUCUAGAAGAAGCUUCGAAAAUUGUCAAACAAGUGUAUUCUGUAAUUCCAGUCUAUGAUCAAAUAAUUCCGGCUCUUCUUUCUGGUGGCGUUUGGAAUCUCCCAAAAACAUGUAGCUUUUCUCCUGGUAUUCCUAUCGGACCAAUGUUAGCUAAACCUACCAAAGGAGUACAAGAAAUUGUGGACAAGUUUAACGAUACAGAGUACACCUGUGAAUACAAGUACGAUGGAGAACGAGCUCAGAUACACUAUAUGGAGAAUGGCUCGGUGGAGAUUUACAGUAGAAACGCGGAGCGUAAUACUGGAAAGUUUCCUGAUGUUGUUGUUGCUGUCACAAGAUUAAAACAGCCGUCUGUAAAAUCAUUUGUUCUUGACUGUGAAAUUGUUGCAUAUGAUCGUGAGAAGCAGAAAAUCCAACCUUUCCAGAUUCUCAGUACACGUGCUCGGAAAAAUGUGGUGAUGACUGAUAUCAAAGUCAAUGUUUGCAUAUUUGCUUUCGAUAUACUUUAUCUUAACGGCCAAGAACUCAUGCAAGAGCAGCUUAGUGAUCGUAGAGAACAUCUUUACAAGUCGUUUCAAGAAGAACAAGGUUUUUUCCAGUUUGCCACUGCUCUAACGUCAAAGGAUCUUGAGGAAAUACAGAAAUUUCUUGAAGAUGCUGUUAAUUCUAGCUCUGAGGGGUUGAUCAUCAAAACAUUGAACAAAGAUGCAACUUACGAGCCUUCAAAACGGUCCAAUAACUGGCUCAAAUUGAAAAAGGAUUAUAUGGAAAGUAUUGGCGAUUCACUAGAUUUGGUUCCGAUUGCCGCGUUUCAUGGCAAGGGGAAACGAACUGGUGUUUAUGGUACCUUUCUGCUUGCUUGUUAUGAUAGCGAUAAAGAGGAAUUUCAGAGCAUAUGUAAAAUUGGAACUGGAUUUUCUGAAGUAAUGCUUGAAGAACGUUCCACCAGUCUUCGCUCUAAAGUUAUUCCCAAGCCAAAGUCAUAUUACAGGUACGCUGAGACAACCAGUCCAGAUGUAUGGUUUGAACCAACCGAGGUCUGGGAGGUCAAAGCUGCUGAUCUUACGAUUAGCCCUGUUCACCGUGCUGCUAUUGGUAUUGUGGAUCCUAACAAGGUACUACUUAAUUCUCUUAAGAGUACAAACAUGCUUAUUCACUUUUAGUGUGGUGAUAACGAUUAUAUUUGUGUCGGAAAUCUAGUCUCGAGUGAACUUGGACUGAGGCAAUGGGCCCUUUGGAAGUUAAUAAUUUUUAAUAAUUUGUUGAAUUCAUUCCACAUAUAGAUGCUUUUCAUACUCUGAAUUUAUUUCCUCCCUUAACCUCCGCAA